AUGUGCCAGCAGCACGGUCACUGCUCAAUACCUAUUCAUCUCUUCUCGAAUCAUUCCCCCAGGUUGAGCUCACUAGCAGCUCUGGCAACAGCAAUUCAUCAUCAAAGAGCUUUAAGAAAUUGUAGGAUCGCAUUCGAGGGGAGCCUGUCUUGCUACGCCAGCCAGUCUUUCCCGAUGACGACUACCACAGUACCAACACCGUUUGAAUGCGGAUUAAAGAUGCGAAGUUUGUCAGAGGAGGGGAUGACUCUUCAGCUCAAUCUGCUGUUCUGGCCAUCCCUGUCACCCAUUGCGACAGCCAUGACAUCCAUACAAUCAGCACCGGAGACGUCUACUACACUGUUCGAACUUGAAGCAAAGAAAUCAAGCUCAUCAGCAGGAUACAGUGGUGCCGGUGGUGGGUCAACGAGCGGAGGCUCUUUGUUACUAGUUAGAUGGAUGCCAUUAAUUGGCAGUUUCACCUGCUACCGACACACUAUUGACCACACCCUGCUCUCAUCUUUGACCACGCAGAUACCGGUUUCCAUGGAUGGCGACGUAGUUGAAGGUUCAUUACUGCAGAUGGGUGGAUACAUGGUUUGUCAGCUCAAUUACUUGGUGGAGGGCCAUAUACUCUCUGACACACCAUGGCAACGUGGAGCUUUGAGAACAAUUUAA